GAGCGUCACACUCGUCAAUCAGCCGCCAGCUGACGGCAAAUAUUCACCGUUUCCCCCUUUGCUCACAUCAGCUGCCCUCAGUCGUCAUGGGCGGCCACAGCACUCCACGGCCACAGCAGCAGGUGGCCUUGACGUCAGAGGAGCGUUAUUUGGAGGCCGGGGAGUCCGAAAUCGCCGCCGCGUUGCUGGAGGGCCUGGGGUUUGUGGACUGGGGGGGCCGGAGGAAGGCCGCGAGGGCCGCGAGGAGGGAGAUGGCCUGGGAGCUGACGAGGGAGAUUCCCACUCGCUGCCCCGAGGCUGACGUGGAUGGCUGGUGCGUGGUGGGCGACCAUGAUAACACGUAAGUGGACACACAUAUACAUUGCACUCUGGCGCGUUCAUUCUCAAUCUCUGAUGUGUCCUUUCCUUCAUUUCAUUCAGGCCCGCCACGGUGAGGCUCCACCGCCACCAUCGACGUGCAGCCAAGCGAAGAGGUCAACCCCACACCCACGCCAGCGGCACCAGCAGUGGAGCCCAUCGCCUGACCCGAGGCCGACACACAGCAGCCGCCCCACCCUGAGGCCCCCCAAUCAGCGGACGAGCAAGCCGCCGCCACAGAGGCGCCGCCCACCGAAGAGCCGCAGGCCGGCCCAUCCCAGCAGAAGGAGGUGGAGGAGGAGGAGAAGAAGAAGAAGGUGGUGGAGAAGCCGCCCCGCGUGUGCAACUUCGAGGGCCUGGCCCACCUCGUGGACAAGUACAAGGACGUGCCGUACUACCCGCCGGCACCGCCCACCCUGCCGCCCGCCAGCACCUGGAAAGUGCUGCCGGCGUACGACCGCCGCAUGGGCAACGAGACGGUCAUCACCUUCCACAUCGUCCUCACGCCCGACAGGUGGGCAUCAAGACGGCCCUGACCCCGAGGGCGGCAGAGGUCCUCAAGAGGGAGCAGGCGUACCAGUGGUACAUCAUCAACCGGGCCUGCAAGAAGGAGUGGCGGCGCAAGGCCAUCCACGUGCACGUGUGUUGCUGAUGUGCAGAUCGCUGGCUACAUUUUAUAUUUGAUCGACCGAUGAUAAACCCGCUACCGCACUGCCUUGUCCCGCCCGUCUGCACGUCGAAGGUGAGCUGUCUGUCGAAAUGGACUGAUCAACUCGCGUGUACGUGUUUCGGGUCUCUGUGUGCAGAUGGAUCGCUGUCUCCCUCUUAUAUAGUGGGCCUCUCCUACUUCGUCCAAGAACAAACCGCUGGCUGACUGCGUCGAUCGCGUCAACAACGGCGAGGCGGGCUGGUUCUCCAUCGCUCUCACGUGUCUCGAUGUGGCCGACCCGGAGUCCGACCCAGACGACGGCCCACAGACAGUGGAGGACUUCGUCGAGAGCAUGAGGGACUACUUCGAGGUGCGGCGAUUUCCCAGGGACGCAGAGAAGGACAUCAUCACCGCACCACGUGGGGCCUUCCGCGACCCAAUCGAGGCAGCCAAGACAAUCGUGUUCCACCACCUUCUCAUUGCAGCCGACCCGCUGCAGAGGGCCACGGCAUUCGCAGAGGCCGCAGAGGAGAUGCCAACGGGGCUGGUGGAGUCGAGGCCCAUCAAGAUCGAGAAGGAGGGGCCCAUGCGGCUGAGGGCAGAGAGGGGCGGCUGGAAGCACGAGCACUUCUAUGUGCGGCUGACUGACGCGUCCGCGAGCAGGUGGGUGUGGAUGACGGUGUGGUGUGUCGUUGAUACGGCGUCCAACCAAGCGGAAGGUGAGCCACACAACAUUCACUUCUUUCGUAUGUCUCCGUGCCGUACGUACGCAGAGUUGGCGCCCCACGGCAAGGAGGUGGGGAUUGUGGCCAUCAAGACCGCCUUGACCCCGAGGGCGGCGGAGGACCUCAAGAGGGAGCAGGUGUACGUGUGGUACAUCAUCAACCGGCCUGCAAGCAGAAGUGGCGGAUAGACGCCAUCCGCAGGGCGUGCAAGGAGCAGUGGCCCAACCACUACAAGUUCCCACACGAGCGGACCGAGGAGGAGAACAAGCCGUGCGGGGCGUGGCUGUAG